UGCAUGUGACUGGAUCGCACGGUCCAUCCUCUAUGUACAACGCAAUAAAGAGGAUGCUGGCACGGAAUGGGCGGAACUAAACUGGGGAGCUUGUUGUGCGUGCUGAAAGUUCCGGUAGGCUUACGGGAUUGCGUGGUAACCCCGUUUAGGAUUGGAGAGUGUGAUCUAGGUAUAAGGCAGAGAGGGUGAGAAGGAAAUUGAGGGCCGGAGGGGUGGACGAGCUUGGCUAUGGUUUAGGGCGUUUGGCGAUCAAAAAAUGCUGAUGUACAGUGAAUGGCUCUUUUGGAAUUAUGCAAUUUCAGCCAGCUGUGCUUCCAAGAAGAUUCCCUUUUUCCUAUAUGGCUGCCAGUUGAGCAAAAGAUUGUGCUAUUUGCUCUGAUAACUAAAGAAUGCUUCAGACUAACUAAUGAAUCAAGCAUGUCCACUGGAAAAAAAGUUUACAAAAUGAUCUCUCUAGAAGAGUAACUGUUGUGAAGAUGUUUAAACUGCCAUGAAAAUACUGUGACUUCAGCCUUAGUUCCUUAUGUUGACAUUUUUGUCCUGCUCAGAAAUGUUUUUUGCAUUUUCAAGAAAAAAUGUGUCCCAGAAAUUGAGUUUAUUGUUGCUGAUAUUUGGUUUUAUCUGGGGCAUAAUGUUACUGCGCUACACCUUUCAGCAUCCAAGGCAACAGAGCAGUGCUGAGUUGCGUGAACAAAUACUUGACUUAAGUAAAAGGUAUGUUAGAGCACUGGCAGAAGAAAACAAGAAUAUAAUGAAUGGUGGUAAUGGAGUCGCAAUGUCAGGAUAUGCUGAUCUCAAAAGAACAAUUGCGGUUCUUCUAGAUGACAUCUUGCAACGCUUGGUUAAACUGGAAAACAAGGUUGAUUACAUGGUUGUAAAUGGCUCGACAACAAAUACUACAAAUGGGAACUUGAUGCCAGCAACUACAAGCAAACGGGUCAAUGCAGCAAACAGUAUAAGAUAGCAUUCAAAAUCACUUUGUGUAGCUGUUUCUGCUACUAAUCUGGUUCUGUUACAAUAGAAAAAGGCAGUGGUUGGCAAAGAGGUCUGCAUCCUAUUGCAACAGGAAAUGCUGAAUACAUACAGUCCCAACUUCUUUUAUAUAAAGCUCUAAAACCUUUUAUUUUAAGGUAGCUCUUUCAUAAAGCAAUGCUGUACAAUAUCUUAUUUAAAGAUAUGCUGGUAACAUAGCGUAGUAUGGUAAGUAGGUAAUGUGUACAUCCAUAUGUGAGAUUCUAUGAUAAUUAUGGAGAAUAUGAUUAUGGAGAAGAUGUAAAUUUAAUAUCUAAAUAUCUAUUUAAAUAUAAAUCUAACAUAUCUUUGGAAACUUAGUUUAAUCUUGUGAUCUGAUUUACUAAUUUUUAGCAAUGAAGGACAAUACCUUUAACAUGAGUGCUGGAAAUUUAUGUAUAUGUACAGUUUAUUUUAUCACCUUUGGCUGAUUGAUUUUUUACUAUUGAUAUCAUUAUGUGGAUAACAUCCUAAAAUGGUGAUCCAAAGAAUGUGUUUUAUUUGCACUAUCUGUGAAAUAGCUAGAGAGAAUGUAUUAACAAUACUAUUAUUUGUGAAAACUUUAAAAGGGCAACACGUCCAAGUGCACAUUUGCUACAGAAUUAGAACAGUUAGAUGAUCGAAGAUAAUCUGUGAUGGUACAUAGCUGUUUCAAAAAAAUUUAAAUGUAUGUAUUUAGCAGCUGAAGAUAAAACCUAAGUGACAAAAGCCACACAACAGUUAUUGAACACUGGUAGCUUUUUGUUCAUUGCUUGUUUUGGUGAAUAUUUGAGUAUCUUGCAGCCUAUUAUGAAUGUGGCACUAUCUCUUAAGUUACCCUUUUUAAACAAAACAAAGAUAGGCUGAACUUAGAUGAAGGGAAGCAAGGCACUUUUAUGCUUACUGAAGAGAUGUACUAGAGAUGUGCAGUCUAUUAGGCACUGCUGCUGUGCAGUUGUCUUGAGAAAUGAGUGGUCAUUGUAAAGCACUAGUAACGCUUGGUGGAUUUGCACCCAAGCAUUUCUGUGAUGGACUUGAAAUCAAGUGGGAGCAAAGGUGAACGCUGCCUUAUAUCCAUGUUAGCCUUACAGCACAGAACUUGCAGCAAGGAUACACUACAUUACAUAGUGUGCUUUCUGUAUCAUAUAUUUAAAAAAUUAAGUGCCAGUCUGAGUUUUUGCAUCUGUAUGGAAGAAUUUCUAAAGGGUUUGUUUUAGUAUUUUUUGCUUAAAAGAUGCUGUGUAGUUUUUUAAAAAGAACUUUUAUUUAAAGAGAAAGCAAGAUUUGCAGUGCUAGAUGAUAUACUGUCCCAAAUGAUUAUCCCUGCAGAUGACUAUAGUAUCUGAAUAGAUUAAAAAAAUAAAGUGAAAUAUAU